CAGUUACCGUGUCAUUAAAUGGCCACUCACAUUCAAACGCUGAGCUACAACGUUGGCUGGAAGGGUUGUCAAAUUGUGUGUGUGUUGCUUGAGGUCUGGGGAUGAACAUAGGAACUUAGACAGCGGAUAAGAGGUAAUCUUACGUUCCUGCUAUCCUCACAUGCUUGUCGUGUUUGCUCUAUUGAUACUCUUUUACAAACUUUUAAUGAUAUAUGUGUUAAUCCAUUAAUGCGUUCAUUCUCCAGCUCGUCAGUUCAUUCUUCAAACAAGGUUUAUUACCUAUCAAUGAUCCAUGGUUUUAUCCAUGGAUCAAUGAUCCAUGGUUUUAUCCAUCAUCUGUCAGCUUAUUCAUCCAUCCGCUCAUUUAUCUAACAGUUUACAUACAUAUCAAUCCAUCCAUUUAUCCAUACCUCCAUUUAUCCAUCCAUCCACCCAUCCAUAAAUCUAUUUAUUCAUAUGUGUACCAGUUUAAAUUUAAUCUAUCCACACAACCAUCAUUCCAUCCAUCUACCAUUACAUCUAUCAGCCUGUUAGCCAGACACUAUACCAUCAAUCUUUCCACUCACAUACAUUUUUAUGGAUGCAUGAUCACAAAUUAACGGAUUUUUGUCAUUGCAAUCAUUUCGCAUGCUACAAUGAAUAGUUUAUUUAAUGGCAAAGAGAUCACCAGUCUCUGUUCAAUUUUUUUCAGACAGCAAAAAAAGCGAAAGUCUAAUUUAGGAAUAAAAAUCAACUGUCAAUAGACUGAAAUCGCUUUUAAACAAUGUCACGUCCUGAAUUAAACUCAGCAGUGACGGUCAUACCACAGACAAAGUUCAUUUUCUGUAUUAUUUUGAGCACCCUCUCUGUUACCAACUGCACUAAAAAUGACAUUAUGGACUAUACACACGCAAAAUGUCAGAAAAUUCAUGUUUCCACGUGUCAAGGCCUUCCCUAUAACGAGACAUCAUUUCCAAACUCGCUAGACCAACAGACACAGGACGAAGCAGCGUUAGAAAUGCAUCAGUUCCUGCCUCUGAUCAAAAUCAAAUGCAGCAGUAAUUUCAAUCUUUUCGUGUGCAGCGUUUACCUUCCCGUGUGCAACGGAAGUUAUGGAGUUAUCGCUCCUUGCCGAUCGCUCUGCCAAGAAGCAAGGCAAGGAUGUGAACGUAUACUCAAACAAUUCAACUUUGCAUGGCCGGACCAUUUUAAUUGUGACAAGUUUCCUGCAACGGGAAAUUGCGUCAGCGAGCAUUCUCUGAAUUGCCAUGAGGCUUGUAUUUCUGGAAAAGCACAAAUAUUUUCAAGCAGUCAAGUAACCACUACACAGAUGAGCAACACACGUAGGACCAAUCAGGGAGGUAAGUGUUUUUUUGUUUUUUGUUUAUAGAAAUGGUUGAUUCACCAAUGCAACUAAACCCAAACAUUGUGUGACUGGGUUGCUUUAUGUUUUGGUUUGCUCAAACCAGAACCUAACAUCCAUACAUACGGACAUGAUGUGCAUACUCGUGGACAUACGUACUCGUGGACAUAACAUAAAUUCUGGUGGUAAUAACAUACAUUUUCGAUGACAUGACAUAGAUUUCAAAAGAGAGGGAAAUCUAUUAACGCAAACCCUCCGCUGUCUUACGACUAACCCCAUAUGGCCAAGGCCUUAGGAGUAAACUCCGACCAGAGCUAUGAUGCAAGGCAUUCGCGCAAUGCUGCCAUUUUUCGGGUUUGUGUCCUCUGAACUGAAAUUUGAAAGUUAAAAUUAGUUCAUCAUAUCCUAACGGUUGGCACCUUAAUUAUCUGAUUUUCCUGAAGAAAAAGGGGGUUGAAUUACUCAUGCGACAGCUCUGUCUCCGAUAGUAUAACUCGGAGAUUUAGUCUUAAACACCAUUAUAAAUCAUUCGUACUUCAAUGGUGUCUCAGAAUGUUGACGUUCAGUUUUGAAAAUAAACGUAAACAAAGGGACGACCAAAAUAAUUGCAACUUUUAGAAAAUGUAAUAAAAUCUUCAUCCUUUCCUUUAACUUGCAGGGAUUUCAGAGAACUCAUCAACAAACUCUCCUGUGGUUGAUUUGGUUGUCUUGUUGUCUGCAACCUGUUUCCUUACCUGUAUUGGUGCUCUACUCUAAGUUGUGACGGUGCAGGUAUUUGUAUACAAUUUAUGAUUUCUUAAUUUAAAAAAAAAAAAAUUCCCAGCCGUGUUUUGAUAGCUAUGUUUGUCGGGGAUAAGUCUAUGUAAAAUGCUUUUCACCCUUGCAAUCAAGUUCUGUUUAGCAGUAGUUUACUAAUGAAUCUCCAUGUGUAGUCAACCUUUUAUAAAUACUAAUUUCUUUUCGAGGGACCAAUGGUCGUUAACCCUCGGCUUCUGAGCAACAUGCGGCUCUUUGAAGGAAUAGCUGCGGCACUUUGAAAAAAAAUUGUAAUAAGACACACCGCUCGAAAACUAUUUACUUAGCAUAUGUAGCUUAUUAAGAGUAUUCCCAAUCAAGAUAUGUAUUGAAUGAUUGCUUUAAUUGAAUAGAUAAAAUUGUCACUGGAACAAUGAUGGAGAUGCUAUUAUAGGGUUUUAAACUACUUCAUACUUGUAAGUCCGAACUCCAGUUAAGGUUGUAACUCCAACUGAAGAGGAUUAUUACAUGGCUGAGUUGCCUCUUAGUGCAGUUAAUAGUAAAUGCCUAACUGAAGACGUCACUUUGUCAUCUUCAAUGUUGUACAUACACAUUUGGUUAAAUGUUAUCUUGAAAGUUACACUUACCGGUUCACAUGUUAAUAUGUCUGUCAUCUUGAAUGUUACACAUUUGUUUAAAUGUCAUCUUGAAUGUUACACAUACAUACGCGGGUAGGUCUCACCCUCUAAACAAUGAGUGAUGUUUGUAUGACUUACUUGCCAGACAAAAUUAACAUGUCUCAGGAAUGUCGGGUAAUUGUUUUGUGUGCUACCACGCUUUUCCUCGUUUGUAAAUUAUUUUGCUUUCUAUAAAAGAUUUUUUUUUUUUUUUUGUAAAGGACCAUUUUCUACCAUCAGUUGAUCAAUUGUCAAGCCAUGUUGGGUUAUUGUUUUUUGUUCUACCACGCUUUUCCUUGUUUUUAAAUUAUUUUGCUUUCUAUAAAAGAUUUUUUUUUUUUUUUUUGUAAAGGACCAUUCUCUACCAUCGAUAGAUCAAGUGGCAAGCCAAUGACAGUUCUAAGCGAACGUUUGCAAUGACAACCGCAACUGGCUGGACUUGACGUUUGAAUCAUGUGGCUGGCAUUUAUAUGAUACGCUUAGCUUGUGUGAUUAGUUUCAAAACACGUGAAUUGUGUCAUUACAUUACAAGAUGACAGUUUGGAGGGGAUCAUGCAGAGACACGAGACAGAAGUUGGUGUUAAAGCAAAGGGAGCGUGUUACCAAUGUUCAUCGGGUCGUAGGAGCAGCUGGUGCCGUAUUAAAAUAAAAGUCUCAUGGAUCAGUGGUUGGGGAGUUGGG